AUGCCCAACGACGAGCUGGCAGACUUCCGAGCGCGCAUGGCGCAGCCGCCCAAGGACUGGGUCGAGGCCGCGCUCGUGGCAGUGCUCAAAGAUCCCGUGUUCUAUACUGCGGUCGGACUCGGCGCUUUCUUCCUGCUGGUGGUCCUGGCGCUCUUUGCGACAAAAGUGCUGCUGGACGACAUUGGAGCGCACGAGACGCAAGCGGAGCAAGCGAUGGAGCGCAAGACGGACAAGAAGGAGCAGUAG